AUGGAUGAAGAAGAUAGUGAUGUUAGUGAGAAAGAGUACGAUUUCUUUUGGAAAAUGUUUAUCGAUGAUGAAGAAUCGAAGGGUUAUUAUGGAAAGCAUUAUGGUGAUGAAGGUGACUUUUCAUGUCUGGUCUGUGGCACAGUGAAUGAGAAGAAUCUGAAGAGCAGAAACCCUAGACAGAAAACAGGGAUGGCGGAACAGCAACUACAGCAAGAUGGCUACCAAAUUGACAUAGGGAAUCUCAUGGCGUAUGAUCCUCAACAUCAGUUCCAAUCUAUUCCCGAUAAAAGGGAGGAUCUUGUAAAGGAGUGCAUAGCACAUGCUACCAAGUUAAUUCAAGCAGUUGCAGAUAAUCUUUUUAGCUUGCCUUCAACAGAAGAUGCAUCCGGGCCCAUUGUUCCCUUACCUCCUCCAACUACAAAAUUACCUAGAGAAAAACCUCUCCCAAAACCUGCACCUCCAACAAAGUGGGAAGUUUUUGCCAAAAAGAAAGGUAUUCAAAACCGCAAGAAGGACAAAAUUGUCUUUGAUGAACAAACAAGUUCUUGGAAGCGCAGAUACGGUUAUGAUCGUGUAAACGAUGACAACGAUCUUCCAAUCAUUGAAGCAAAAAUGACAGAUGAGCCAGGAGUAGACCCUUUUGCCACAAGAAGAUCAGAAAAGAAACAACGAGUUGAAAAGCAAGAAAAGAAUCGCUUGCAUAAUCUCAAAGAAGCAUCAAAAGUUGGUGCUCUCCCAAGCCAUGUUCAGCUUGCAGCUACUUCAUUACCUAUAACAGGAACACAAGCUCCACCAAGAAAAGUCAGCAAGGAUGAGCUGCAAAAUGUUGCAGGAAUGGCUGCAACUUCAACUGCUAGUGGGGGUAAAUUUGACAAAAAGUUGGCUGGUGAAAAGCCUCCUAAACAUGAUAAGAAAUAUAGAAAGUUUUUACCUGUGGUGGAAGGAUCAGGGAUGGGUUCAUUAGAGAGGCAACAAUCUGACAAAAUUUUAAAUAAAUUAAUGGCCAAGAAUUCCCAUGAAAUCUUCAAUGUUUCUAAGGCUGUGGACAUGUACAAUGUGAAGAAUGACAAGAAACGAAAAAACCAGCAAGGCAAAAACAAGUCCUUUUCAACUUCAAGCAAAUUAAAAGUGAAGAAAAGCCCUUACAAAAGUGCAUCAAAGGGAUCAUCAAAGAAAGGAUCUUCAACAUCUCCCCCCACCGAUCGACGAUUUGAGCCUCAGCCCCUAUCGAUCGACGAUUUCUGUUUCUUCUUAUUAGAUGCUUUCACAAGCGAAGUUGCUUCUUGUAAGUUCUUCGAGAAGUAUUUAUAUUGCCGUUGGUGGGGUUUAAGAAAUUUAAGGAACUUGAGUUGGAGAAAUUCAUAACACAUGAAUUGCCAUUUUGUGAGAUCAUUAAGGCUUUUGAUUUGAUGCUUAAAGGUGAAGGUCUCCCAUGCAUAAUUCGGAUGAGCGAAUAAUUUUAAUGUUAUCGUAUGCCUACAAUGUUAUACCACACUUUGGUAUAAAUUUUAUAUUUCUAUCAAGUUUCAUAAAUUUUUGAUUAAUAGUAUAUUUUAAAAUAAUAUUACAUGUAUUAGAUAAUUUUAUUUUUUUUAGUAAUAGUAUAUUUAAUAAAAAGAUUCUUGAACAUCGGGG